AUGGCUCAAUUUGCCGUAAAGCCUUUCAACCUACGCCUGCCAUUUAAGCCAGCCUCGAUAGCAGUUCCGGAAACUGUUCAGCAUGUUCAAGAUGCCGUGGCCUGCGGUGUGAAGAACAAUGUGCCUACCACUGCGCGAUCAGGAGGUCACAGCUAUGGCGCACAUGGUCUCGGAGGGGAGGAUGGCCACUUGGUCCUCGACUUGCGUCGGUUCAAUACUGUCACUGUUGACCAGAAAGCACAUACCGCUGUCGUUGGAGCGGGUGGAAGACUGGGAAACAUUGCGCUUUCAUUGUACGAUCAAGGAAAGCAGGCCAUGAGCCAUGGAACUUGUCCUGGUGUCGGUAUCGGUGGAUUGUCUCUUCAUGGAGGCUACGGUCUGAUCUCACGCAUGAAGGGCCUCACGCUUGACAACUUGGUCUCCGCCAAUGUCGUCCUUGCCAACAGUACCGUUGUCACUGCCUCUGCGACAGAGAACUCAGACCUCUUCUGGUCUCUUCGUGGAGCUGGCGCCGCAUUCGGUAUUGUCACGUCGUUCACAUUCAAGACCUUUGAUGCACCGGAGAACAAUCUGGUUUUUGAGUACUUCAUAAACGCUGCGAACUCUAGCCAACUUGUCAAUAUCCUGAGCACUCUUCAAGACUUCACCAUCAACACGCAACCCCCGGAGCUCAACAUGCGCCUGUUUGUCGGCCGCAACCAGUUCACCGGUGUCUACUACGGAAACCGAACAGAGUUCGACAAGCUGAUGAAACCCUUACUCACCAAAAUUGGGGUCUCGACUACUUCUGGCACCGUGUCAGUCAAGAGCUGGAUGAACACAUUGACUUCAUUCUCCAACGGUCCACUUGCCCAGCCAGAAAUUUACGACUACCACGAGACUUUCUUCGCCAAGUCGCUCAUGCCCGACUACUUGAACGACAAAGCCCUGAAGGGACUCGCAGACUACUACUUCAGCACAGCGCGCAAGGUUUCGCGCCCAUGGUACCUGCUCAUCGACAUGCACGGCGGAGCCAAGUCUGCUAUCGCGCAAGUAGGCGCGGAUGCGACGGCUUAUGCGCACCGCAAUGCGACGUUCAAGAUGCAGUUCAACGACGGCGUCUUCGGGAACAGCGUGUACAAGCCGGAGAUGAUGUCCUUCCUUAACGACUGGGUCACGGCGAUAGAGUCGGGAGACACGCUGGUCAAGCAUGGCAUGUACAUCAACUACGCGGACACGAACCUGACCAACAGUGAGGCGCAUACGCGCUACUGGGGCAAGAAUUAUGCGAAGUUGGUGGAUAUCAAGGCGAAGUAUGAUCCCAAGAAGGUGUUUGAGGGACCGCAAUUGGUGGGGAGCGUGUGA